AUGGCCCUUUGCCAUCAUGAGAUGGCGCAACAGGACUUUCUAGCCGCUUCGCGCGGGCGCGACUAUGAAGAUGGCAGCCUUCAAGAAACAGGAAACCAAGUCGAAGACGCGGUAUACCAACUGUCAGAGUGCAUGGAUGAGCUGACACGCCUUCGCAUCGCGCAGUGGCUGCCCCUAAGCAUAAAAUUACGCCAGAAUACAGUCGACAGCGCGCCAAGCUCCCAAGGCAUUGCCCGCGCGCAUGAUAGCCACAGGCGCAUAGAUAAUCUAGUGGGUGUCGUGGAUAUGUACAGGCCGCGGUACGCCGCCAUCGAAUGGGUCCUCGAAGCCGUGAAGUAUAACGCCGCAAGCGCCUACUGUAGCUUGACGGUGCGGCCUGGUGGGCAAGGGAACCCCAAUUCCCGGAGUUGGGCCCAAAUCUUGCGCCUAAAUAUCAAGCAGUACCUGUAUCUGGUAACAGCCAUGGAUUUCAGCAUCAGCAAGGGAAAUUGCCAGCGAGGGCUGAUCUCCCCCGAGCCUACGGGGAUUCUUUCCGGAGGGCACAUUCGGAACGACUGUGCCGAGAGCCAUGGCUCCAUCUGA